AUGAUUUCGCUCGCCUUUCUUGCGAAUUUGGCUCUCCUGACCUCUCUAGUCUUCGCUCAAGGGACCAGCGACAGCACCAUCGCUCCCAUCACCGAGAACAAUCCUUCUCGGGUCACUUUUCAAGGGGUUUUCCAGUCCGGCAAGCCCGUGCAGGGUCAGAUCACCGGUGUGUCCAACGACAAUGGCACUGGAGUCAGUUUCUCGGUCAAUUUCUUCAGUUUCCCAGACGUUGGUCUUGGGCCGUUCAAUUACCAUAUCCAUCAAUACCCCAUCCCUCCCUCAGGAAACUGCACCGCGGCAGGUGGACACCUCUCGCCAUUUGGUCGCCCCGACUCUCCACCAUGCGAUCCAAUAAACCCUCAAACCUGCCAACCAGGUGAUCUGAGCGGCAAGCAUGGCAACAUCUCUCAACUCGCAUCCGCCAGUGCCCCCGAUGAUUCUGAUAACGGCCCGCGGGCCACGAAUAGUUUCCAGGCCAUGUACCUGGAUCUAUACCUCAGCACAGACCCCAACAGCGUGGCUUUCUUUGGCAAUCGAUCAGUGGUAGUCCAUGCUGCGAAUGGCACAAGACUGAACUGCGCAAAUUUCACGCAGAUGAUGCCGAGUGAGACGUUUGGGGGCACCGGAAGUGGGGGUAGUACAUCUACACAAACUGCCGCGAGCAAUGGCUCGGCCAUGACCAUGGCACCGGUUUCUGUGGCUUUGAUGCUGCUUGUCGCUGUGCUAGUUGGGGGACUUUAA